CCCCACUACAAAAUUUAGUCGCACUCUAGACUUCGCAGAGGAUAGACAAGUCCAAGUGACUAGAGUACUACGCCAUUCGCAGUGAAUAUUUCGUCAUAACAACAUUGUGAUAGUGACAAAAUCAUUCGGGACGUGUAAAGUGGGUGCAUAACAUUUAUUGUUCCAUUUUAACGCACUAUAAACUCCACCGAAGACGGUUUUGUGUUUUGCUGGUUUUGUGAAAUUAUGACAUUGUUCUCACUAUUUGGAUAAUUCCGGAUAAGGAGUGCAAAAUUACCGCAAAUAUUUUUAACCACAGUGAAGAUCCGUGCGGACAAGGCGUCGUCCGCCGAAACAUGGUCGCCGAGUUCAUCUUGAGUCAGCAGCAGCUGCUGAGCGCGGGAGGGGGCGCUGCCCUUGGCCCGUCGCCAACACCAUCUCGCGUGCAACCACAAUCACGCAACAGACUGUCUGUGUCACCCCAUUUUCCACUAGACCAACCACUACCAUCUAAUGGUAGUCCUGGUGACCCUAAUGAUUAUGGAAACAGCUUUGAUUAUUCGAAGAGGAAGGAAUUCUUCGGACAACGCAAACAGAGGGAAUUUAUUCCUGAUAAUAAAAAAGAUGAUGGAUACUGGGAUCGCAGGCGGCGGAACAAUGAAGCCGCUAAACGUUCCCGUGAAAAACGCCGCUUCAAUGACAUGGUACUUGAACAACGUGUCGUUGAACUCUCCAAGGAAAAUCACGUACUGAAAGCUCAAUUGGAUGCGAUCAAGGAAAAAUAUGGCAUAUGUGGAGAGACACUUAUCAGCAUCGAUCAAGUUUUAGCGACACUGCCGACUUGUGAUCAGGUUCUCUGUGUCACCAAGAGGAGUAAACUCACUAGCAGUGCUCUAUUUCCGCCUGCACCUCCACCACCACCACCAAUACCUCCAUCGUCUCCACCAUCGCCUCCACCUCAACGUGCUCCGGAACCUUACCAAGAAAGGCUCCCUGCACCUGAAGCUUACUAUCCUCACCCAGCACAUUAUGAACCACCCGGUUCAGUUCUCAAUCUCUCACGAUCUCGCCGCGCUCCUUCGCCAUACGAGCUGUCAUCUCUCUCUGGCUCUGGAGACGAAACAGCGGAACAAUAUGCUCCGGAAAAUAAUUGUCUUCCUUUAAAACUUCGCCAUAAAUCACAUCUCGGUGACAAAGAUGUCGCAAGCGCUCUCCUAUCCCUGCAACACAUCAAGCAGGAGCCCGGUCCUCGUUCCUCACCUUCCUGGGACGGUGAGGGCUCUAGUGACGAGAGGGAUUCAGGGAUCUCAUUGGGUGCAGAAUACAGGCCACCAAGGUCUGACGAGAGGCUUGCUGAAGAGGACGACGCUCACUUAAAGGCGGAGCUCGCGCGGCUCGCUACAGAGGUGGCGACGCUAAAGAACAUGAUGCAUCAGAACAAGGCGCGCGCGCUCGAGCACUGAGCAGAGUGGCAGUCUGAGAGAUGCCCCGCGCCUGCGCCUGGACCGCGCAGCGCCGCGCUACAUCGUUAGUCGCGGCGACCACUCGUGUCGCGAUAACGUGUCGAUCUUGUUCGUACAAACUGUCUCAACCUGCCCCUCCCUAGUAGUCGAAGUUACCACGUUGUAAAGAGAUGAAAAUAUAUAUUUGUAUGAUAUUGUGCAGCUGUACGCGGCUAAGUCGCAUCGCCUAAUUGUAAUCCUUCCUAGUAGUCGUAUCGUUGUACCGUUCUCGUAGGGUAGAGAUAGUCGCAGUUAUCGACGCGUUCGUGGACCUUUCUGUAUGAGACUAAUUAGUUCGUUUUACAGACUUUUCGAGCAGAUAAAACUAAUCUACUCAGUGAUAGAUUUAAAAAAGAUGCAUUUUUAGUGGUGAGCUAUGUAUAAUGUAUAUGUAAUAUAAUAAUUAAGAAGUAGAUCUGUUUCAUCUAUUCGAAGACUCGGUAGUGAAAAUCGAUGGCUAAAGACUAUUUCUCUUUUAAGCUAGCUUUAAGUCUUAAAUAAUAUUAAGUCCAACUUAGAUGUUUAUUUAUAAUUUUUAAUGUAUAGUCUUUCUCAAUCGGAAUGCCUGUUAUGUUCCAAACCAAAAAAAAAAAAGAGAUAGAUCCUCUAGCUGUCAAGAAUUCGCAAAGUAAUUUUAAGAGACACUUUAAAUCCUAUUGUAUGCAGAGUAUUGUAAUCAGACUAAGAAUACCAGUGCCUUCGACAAUACAUACCUACCUUAAAAAUAGCUACAUUAAAUUAAUAUUUUUGUACACUUGUUAGUAAAAGCUUAGCGAUGUCAAACAAUCAGAUAUCUUCAAACAUUCGCUGAACGUCAUGGAAUAAGAGGUUUAACUUUUUUAUUUAAUAUACGAUUCAGCGUAAACUUUGAAGAUAUCUGGUCAUUUAAACGUGGCCCUUACCAUGAGUCGCUCACAGCGAUACAAUCGCAUUUAUGAGUACUAUAAGUCCUUUGAAUUAAUGAAACGCAUGGCGUCUCACUCAUCUCAAUAUUGCGUCUCAUUAGUGUCGAACCCAUGGUUGGGAUAUUGUAUCAAAUCCUAUUAAGACUAGAUUCAAAGUAUUCGAUAUGUAUUGUAAGUUUUCAUACUCCCAAUUGUCCAAAGGGCAUGUGAUAGGACUGAGGCCUGAGGGAGUUAUACUAAGUAUUUAUUUAUUCGGACCGAGAAAGAGGAUUUUACAGUUUAUUAUCUUUGUAUAAGAAACUCUAUACGAUAUAAAUAAAUUGUGUACAUUACAAUUAAAAA